CAGAAAUUAGUGAAAAGUCUAAACAGAGAGAUAGACACAACACGUAGUGGAAUUUGGUCCGUGCAAGAAACGAAGGACAAAGAGAAGAACACGAUGCUUAUAUUAUUCUCUUCGAAUUCUCUCUAUUUUGGCUGCUGAAUUUCGCCGAUAAAUUGAUUCUUUAUCUCUUUUCUUUUCUUCUCGUUUCUUUGCAAUGUCGGUCGAAACGUCGUCGUCUAGCUUCACUCUCGAGGGAAUCAGCGAUGUCGAUGACUACAUUUGGGCAAAUGAAGGAGAGGGAUCGUUGCCAUGGGACAGAUACAGUCAUGUUUUUGAUUUGGUAAGAAAUGGAAACUGUGCAUUCCGAGAGAGUUGUUUUGAACAGGCAAUCAAUAAUUACUCAAGAGCCAAUAACAUCAAACCCAAUGAUCCUAUUAUUCUGGGAAACAGAUGUUCUACUUAUAUUAGGAUUAGUCAAUUCUUGAAGCACAGACCUCCAUCAGCUUCUGAGUCUAGACCAUUGAAUGGACUGGAUCCAAUGACACAUGCUGAGCUUGCUUUAAAGGAUGCUGAGAAGCUACUGAACCUCCAGAGUAAUUUAGUAAAAUCAUACAUACUAAAGGCCAAUGCCCUCAUUUUGUUGGAAAAAUAUGAGAUGGCCCGGGAUGUAAUUCUUUCAGGUCUUCAAGUUGAUCCUUUUAGCGAGUCUCUCCAGGCUUCUCUGCAGAAUUUGGAGAGGACUACAGUCAGUUUGAUAGGGAGGAGAAAUCAUGGAAGACCUGAUCGUACAGAUGAUUUUGAUUGCACACUGUGUCUGAAGUUAUUGUAUGAACCUAUCACAACUCCUUGUGGGCAUUCCUUUUGCCGAUCAUGUCUGUUUCAGUCGAUGGAUCGCGGUAACAAAUGUCCAUUGUGCCGGACAGUUCUCUUUAUUAGUCCUAGGACGUGUGCAAUCAGUGUGACACUAAAGAACAUUAUAGAAAAGAAUUUCCCAGAAGAAUAUGCUGAAAGGAAGGCAGAGCAUGAUAGUUUAAGUAACUUUGGUGUUGAUUUGAUACCUCUCUUUGUUAUGGAUGUUGUCAUCCCAUGUCAAAAGUUUCCUCUCCACAUUUUUGAACCUCGGUACAGACUUAUGGUGAGGCGAGUAAUGGAAGGUAAUCAUCGAAUGGGAAUGGUCAUUAUUGAUCCCACCACAGGUUCUAUAGCUGAUUUUGCUUGUGAAGUGGAGAUUACUGAGUGUGAGCCACUUCCGGAUGGACGGUUUCUUCUUGAGAUUGAAAGUUGCCGGAGGUUUCGAAUUCUUCGAUCUUGGGAUCAAGAUGGGUAUCGGGCAGCAGAGGUUGAAUGGUUGCAGGAUAUAAAUCCAGAAGGAGCAGAAGCCAGAGCAGAUGGUCAUAAGUCUGUCCGUAAGGCUUUAGAACAACUUGAUGUGUUGGACCUAUCUGUUUGUAUAUCUUCUUCAUGUACUGAGAAUGCACCUAAUCAGAUGUGUCUUCUCCCUGUUUUUAACAGCAUACCUACUACUGUAAGUGGCAAUGUUGCCCAAUAUGGCACAGAGAUUUGCCAGAAAGAACCAUCUGGGACCGUACAAAAGCUUGUGUUUGUGAAAUUUGAUGCUGCAGAACUUGAUACAUUGUUCAAACCAGGUACCUUUGUGGAUACAUUCUUCUCCUUAGAUCCAUAUGACUAUCAGCAGAGUGCAGGCAUCCGAUUAGUGGCGAAAAAGUUGAUUAUUCAUUCUGAGUGA